ACGUCUGUAUCGAACAUCGUGAGAAGGUAAAGUCUAAUAACCAGCCACAGUAUUGGAUCCCACUUGUGGAUUUAAGUAACUUGAUUUUAGAACAAUCAACUCAAAGUCUGCAAUGUUAUAUCGAUGCAACAUGUAAGGAGCUGUGCAAUAAUGAUAGCCUAGGCACAAAUAAGAACGUCAAGAAGUUCAACAGUAUUGACAGUCUUCUUAGAGCGUUCAAAGUCAGCAUGAAGUUUGACAAUCUGCUCAACGAUGACGGGACUAGGAGACGCGUUCUAAUGCAAGUGUUGGAGAAACUUGUUAGUUUUGCGUACAAAUUAAUGAGCAAGAAGAAUGAACUCGGUGACGAAGAUGUCGUAAAAACUGUUCUCAUGGUCGUAUCUAUAGUUGCUGAGAGCCAUAAUUUUUUAGAUGAGCCUAACGGAAAAGACAUUGUAGAGAAAAUUGUAUCGAUAUUCUGGGGCAUAUUUAGCGUCUACUCGACAAGAGAACCCACGAUUAAUGGACAAGCUGAGAAGGUAACCUGUCAAUUCAUACGUUCGCUGUCAAGAGAACAUUUCCAGAACGUUUAUGAAAGCACGCAUGGGAUACUCAGAAAGUUGAUUCUCAAACCAAAACCUGGAGAUAUCGAUACGGUCAUUAUAUUGAUCGAUAUAAUGAUUAGAGAGUCAAAAAAUGCAAAUAGACUCAUAGUCAAGAAGAACCUUUCUUUAUUGAUAAGUCAUUUAUGUAAUAUUGAUCAGUGUGAAACGAGCGACAACACUAUAAUACGUGUAUUAAGCAUAUUUACGUAUCUAUGUACACAAAGAGACUUUAUAUCAUUAAGUUUGGAAAUUGCUGGUGUGACUUCAACGGUUCACUCACUGCUGUCUAAUUACGACUCGAGAGAACAGAGGAAUUCUGCGUCAAUAUUCAAUAGUGCCUGUGAUUUGCUACACGCCAUGUUCAAGUACCGUCGGUCGGAAAUUAUGAGGACACUCCCACCGGUUACUGCUAUUAUCUAUAUUCUUCUCAACGCGUUUAAACGCCCAUCGACAAGCAGUCUGAGUUCAGAGACACUGACAUUCAGAACAAAACUCAAUAUAUCCAGUUUGAGUGGAGAGGUCACAAUAAAAUCGGCACAGAAAUUAGCAAGAUUAUUCGCAGAAAUACCGCAAGAGACUACAUCCGCAUCAAGUACCUCGGAAGAUAACAGGACUAGGUCAAGUGAACUGUCAAAGGCUUUCAAGAAACAUGUUUCAUUCAUACUAAUUGAGUACAUGAAAGUACUUGUCGAAGGCAUAGAGAACAAGGUCAAGGAGACGCUUAAUAUAGGUUUGUUUUCAUUGAUGGAUCUGUGUACCGAACAUGAGAGAGAUUUGGUAAUGAGUAGUUUGGGUAGAGUUGCUCAGACAGUGUUCAAAGAAUUCUGGGCUGAAUAUGUCAAGGAGUGGAAGUAUACGGGAAAAGCUUAG